AUCCCGCUUGCUCUUCUACCGCCACAACAACCACACACUCAACUACUACCCAACUCAACAACUUCUUUUAUCAGCAAUGGCCCGUACCAAGCAGACCGCCCGCAAGUCCACCGGUGGAAAGGCUCCCCGUAAGCAGCUCGCCGCCAAGUCCGCCGCCCGCAAGACCUCUGCCGCAACCGCGACUGGUGGUGUCAAGAAGCCCCAUCGUUUCCGCCCCGGGACUGUCGCUCUCCGUGAAAUUCGUCGCUACCAGAAGUCGACUGAGCUCCUCAUCCGCAAGCUCCCCUUCCAACGUCUUGUUCGUGAGAUCGCUCAGGACUUCAAGACCGAUCUCCGCUUCCAAUCCUCUGCUGUCAUGGCUCUCCAGGAGGCUGCUGAGGCUUACCUCGUCUCCCUCUUCGAAGACACCAACCUUGCCGCCAUCCACGCUAAGCGUGUCACCAUCCAGCCCAAGGAUCUCGCUCUUGCCCGUCGUCUCCGUGGCGAGCGGUCAUAAGCUGGUCAUCGCUUCUUCCUCUCACCUUCACCUCUUUCCUACUUUACCCCAUCUUAUUCAUGCAUACCCUGACUCAUACUAGUGCAUGCGUACGAUUUUCGUUUUGUCUCUGAUUCUGGCUUGUAUUUUUAUUGUAUUCCCUUUUCAUUCCUCUAUCAUCGUGUGCGGGGUGGAUGAUUCGAUUAUGAAGGAUGCGCUGGGUACUUACAGGGUUUCAUAGACUUGUUGACUUCGUGCCGCUUUCCUAAUCCAGAUCUCUGCCGGGACAUCCC